AUGGAGCUAGAAGCCCAUCAUCAGGAUAAGAAGGAUGCUAUCCUUACAAAAAGGCUUCAUGGCAACUCAGGGAAAACCCAAGGUCUCUUGGCCAUGCGAAAAGACUUUAAGACUCACAAGGUUGUAUUAGAUGGGUAUUUCAAGUACUUUGGAAAAAGUGUGCUUGAAGAGGAUAGGCAAGGACAGGAAAAGAGACGACAAACGGAGUAUGCAACCAUGGUCAAGCUUUUCUACCACCUUGCGACAGACUUCUAUGAGUUUGGCUGGUGCAAGUCAUUGCACUUUUGCCGCUUCAGCCACGAGGAGGAUUUCCUUCAAGCUAUUGCUAGACACGAGCACUAUCUCGCCUACCGCAUCGGUAUCAAAGAGGGCAUGUCUGUUCUGGACGCCGGAUGCGGUCUUGGUGGUCCGGCACGAGAGAUCGCCAAAUUUACAAAUGCACACAUAACAGGCCUUAAUAAUAGCGAUUAUCAAAUUGAAAAGGCAAGAAGAUACACAUCACAAGCAGGCCUUGAAGAUAAGGUCUCCUAUCGCAAAGGUAGCUUUGUUGAAAUGGACUUCCCGGAUGGGACCUUCGACGCUGUGUAUGCGAUCGAGGCGACGUUGCAUGCGCCGACUCUCGAGCAGGUAUACAGCGAGGUUUACCGCGUUCUCAAGCCCGGUGCUGUAUUUGGUGUGUACGAGUGGCUUCUCACAGAGAAGUACGAUGAAGGGAACACCGAUCAUAGACAGCUCGCUUUGGGUAUCCAGCAGGGAAACGGAAUCGCCAAGUUGUUCACGGUUUCUCAGGGCCUUGCUGCUAUGAAAUCCGCCGGAUUUGAGAUCUUGCACCAUGAAGAUCUUGCGCACCGGCCUUGCACAGCACCGUGGUAUUAUCCACUUGAUAUAACCCUCUGGAAUGCCCGUCGCUAUGGGGAUCUGGCCUCUUAUGCUCUGAUGAGUAAGUGGGGAAGAAUUGCCACACACUAUUUCACGAUGGGAUUGGAGGCCGUUAGGAUAGUUCCCAAGGGAACUACUGAGGUGGGAAAUAGUUUGGAUCUCGCUGGGGAUUCUCUGGUGGACGCGGGCAAGCUGGAUAUCUUUACGCCGAUGUAUCUCAUGUUAGGACGGAAGCCGGAUGUUUGAAGACGAAUAACCAGAGUUCACAUCUUUGUGGCCUAGAUUACAUAAAGCCCACCCUUGAGGAG